UUUUUGAUCCCUGAAUGUGGCAUGCUACCCGAAGUGCUGAAAAGUACUAUUGCAAAUGUUGGAGAGUACUACCUGGUGAGGAAUUUGUCAGUUCAUGAAUUGGUCGCUCAUGAAUUCAUCGAUGCUUUUGUGAAGAAAGGUUCGUGCUAUGCACUCACCUAUAACACAAAGAUUGACCAAGACAAUACUGCAGCUCUGCUACCAAGUGGAAAACUAAUUUUGUCAGUGGAUAAGGAUACCUAUGAGGAACUCGGACUGCAGGGUCGCCCUUCUCAGUAUUCUGGCAAAAAAGUAAUGAGAUAUAUUAUAACUAUUGACUUGACUGAUUCCGGCUUUCACCCUGAUAGCAAGAUACAUAACAGAGUGCUUUGGGCCUUGAAAGAAAAUAAACCUUUAGAAUUUGAUUUCCUGCUGGCUUGGUAUAAUACAGGUGCAGAGGGAUCAACAUUGAUGUCAUACUUCUCAAAAAACCAAAUACAGGCCCUGGAGCCAAAAAUAACAUUCAGCACAUUAUGGGAAUUGCAGUGUCCGGUGUUAGAAAGUAACGAACUACAAGGAAAGCCGGAGGAGUCCUGCAGUACAGAGGAACUGUUUGAAUGGCUAGGUGCUGUCUUGAAUCAAGUUAGCUUAGACAACAAGUCAUCUAGCUUCUUGUCAACCUAUUGCUGUCCUCAGCCCAACACAGUGGUAGAAAAAGCUUUUUUGUGCACAAUCACAGGCUUUAUAAUUCCUGAGAAGAUAAUUCAGUUGUUGGAGCAGCUGUGUUGCUAUUUUGCUGAACCAAAACUGGCAUAUUGGCUGACCUUAACUGUGCAUGGCUUUGCAGACAGCCCUGUUUCCUGGAGAGAAAGUGAACAUGGUUUCCACAAGGGAGGAGAGAACUUGUACAACUUUGUCAUUUUUAGAAAUCUGGACUACUGGCUUCAGAUGGCUGUAGGAACAAAUGAUGGUUGUCCUCCAUAAAGCUAUGUCUACAGAAGAAGUUUGUUAAUAAUUCUAUGUUACUGUAUAGAAACCUAAUAAGAUAGUUUUAUAAAAGUAAUUAGGUAACAAGUUAAGUA